CUGCGCGCCUUUCUCCCUCCCCCUCCUCCUCCUCCUCCUCCUGCUGCCGUGUCAAGAGCGGCUCCCUCAGCACGUCCCCAGCACCGCCAGCACUCGCAGAUGCGGGCACAUGGGGUCCCUUGCGCGCCGAGUCAGAGGAGGCACCUUGCGCAGAGGGGCGUCACGAGGAGCAGCGCUGUGACGCUGGUGCCAGGGAGGCUGCCAGACCCACCGGGCUGCGCAGGGCGGACGCACCAGCAGCAGCAGCACUGCCUCCGGCACCUGUGCCUGCAGCUGGAGAAACGGGAGCAGCGGCGGCAGCAGGAGCAGCAGGCGCAGCAGUAAGAGUGAGUGCAGGAGGCGGGGGCGAGGCGCCAAUGGUGAAGGCAGGAGAGGGCGGGGAGAAGACGCGCCUCGUCCUCGGGGAAGCUGCCCAGCAUCACUGCCCGCUCCUCCCUCCCCAAGCUCCGUUGACUGAACGUGUUGCUCUCGCUGCCGCUUUUUUGGCGUGUUUCGUCGCGCUUCUCGCCGCUCCUCAAGGCGCCGCCGCCCAGAACGCGUUUCUCGUCGCCAAAGCCAGGAAUCUGCGCGCCGCUGCAGAUCAAGCAGCGACGGACCUGAAAACCGCGCAAGCGGACGCCGCCAAAAACGCGGACGAAGUAGCCAACGCCACGCAAGCGCUGUCCGAUCUCCAGAGCCCGGACGAUUCGGCUCUCAACAACUUCGUUACAAGCGUCUCUAACACAAACAGUAGCGUCUCGGAUGCACAGUACGAUCUCGAUAUCGCAAACAAGAUUCUUGCUCUUCGGAUCGCGGACCUCGCGGCGUUCAAGGCUGAUCCGUCGAAGCACCCGCAAAUCCCGGCGGCGCAAAAGGCGGUCAGCGACGCUACUCGACGCGCGAGCAUGACGACGGCGCUGCUACAGGAAUGGCGGAACGUCGUGCAGGAGGCCGCGCAAGCGGAAGCUGACGCAGAAAAGGCUCUCAAUGAUAACCCCUCGCCCGUGGCGGAGGCGGCGCUCGCAGCAGCGCAGGAUUCGCGCAAAUCUGUGGAGGAGGUUUAUCCGGACAUGGUGGCGCAAGAUCAGCGCGCGCAGGCGCGGCUGGGGCGCGCGCGAAAGGAAUUGAACGAUUUGAUGACGCUCGGUCCGCAGGACGAGAGCGUUUUUCAGAUGGCAGUGGACGAUGCAAGAGCUGCAGUUUCCGUCGCCAGCCAGGUGUACAACGAUUUGCAAGCUGCUAUCGCUGACGCGCAGAAGUCUGUUGACGAUUACCAGGCGAAGAAGCAAAAGGCGGUUACUGACGCGAAGUCGCGCUUGGCGAAGGCGAAACAGAGCCAGGCUAUCGCAGACAAGAAGGUUACUCAGUUCACGGAUAAGCUCAAGGCUGCGCUGGUGCAAGCUGACAAUGCAGAAAAGGCUGCGGGAAUCGGCAACAUCACCUAA